AUGUUAACACGGCAAGGAGCAGCACGACACAUUCAAGACGAAUUUCAUCGAUUAGCUCAAAUUGAUAUUGAUUUUUCUGAUAAUACAUUAUUAAACUCCAUUUUUUAUCGUCCAAUUGAAUUUAUUAUGGCAGAAACAACGGUAGCAACACUACUUACUAAAAACUUGGAACAAACCCCUAAAUAUUCCGGUAAACUUGAUCAAGACGCUGAUGAAUGGCUCAAGGAUCUCACCUCAACAUUUCGCAUGGCAGAUAUUACCGAAUCACAAGCACUUAAGAUAAUACCAACAUUUCUUGAAGGACCUGCUAAACAAUGGUUCACUGGAAAUAUCACAGUCUUCGAAUCCUGGCCUGUGUUCAAAGCUCAAUUUCUUCAUACGUACUCAUCUCCAACACUUAAACAAUUAGCAUCUCAUCGUUUGCACAAUCGUCAACAACGUUAUGAUGAACCUGUUAUCAAAUAUUAUACAGAUGUUAUGAAAGUAUGCAAAGUAAUUGAUCCUGACAUGACCGAUGUAUCGAAAACUGAUCAUUUAUAUCAUGGAUUAAAAUCAUCUUUAAUGAAAGAUGUUUUACGUCGAGCACCAACGACACCAUCACAAUUUUUAGAGCAAGCUAGACAAAAAGAAACUUUAGAUCGUCUAGUUUCUACAUCUAUUUAUCAGCCAGUUCACAAUGAUAUUUCUGCCGACAAUCAACCCAAUAAUUCAUAUCCCAGCUCAACACACCUUACAGAAUCUAUACAAUUUCAAAAUUCAUCAAAUAUGUUUUCCUCACCUUCUACGAAUGCAUAUCCACCAACACAGUCGUACUCUCGUUUUUGUUCUCAACCAUCAUCACAAUAUCUUCCUCAGCCUCACGAUUCUUCAUUUAAUGUUUUACAUCAUCAGUCACGCCCUUUACGCUGCUACAAGUGUAAUAAGUUGGGCCAUUUUGCUCAUAAUUAUCGGUCUACAAAAAAAUAUUAA